CAAACAGUCAGUUUCCUUUGCCAAGCUGCCGCUGCCGCUAAGCCAUGGGCCUUUGCCACUCUCAGUCAGGGAAUAGCACUACGAGCAACUCCAGGAGCAAGAGCGGACGACUGGUUGGGAGGGAGCUGUCAGCCUUUGAGCGGUUGAGUUGGAAGGCGACUCCAUAUGUAACUAUUGCUCAUUGGUUUCAGGUGGCUGGACCCACGACACCUGAAGAUCUUGCAGAAGCAUUGACCGACGUGCAUUGGCACUUUGCAGCCCUGCAGGCAAUUAUUGAACAGAAACGACUGUUUCUACGACCAGACCUGAAGCCAGAUAUUGAGAUUGAUCUUGAUGCUGAUAUCUCGCCACAUAGUUUGGCACUCUUGGGGGCGGAAUCAGCUUCAGCUGGAAUUGGGCCUACCUGGAGAGCUUGUGAAGGAAAGCUACUCUGGCGAGCUCGGAUACUCCGAGAAGGUUGGUUGCUUUUGAUUUUUCACCAUGCCAUCAUUGAUGAAAAGAGUAUAUCGAUGCUGAUGAAGGAGCUUCUUUCAAUCCUGUCGGGUCGAGAGAGGACAUCUCCCAAGCCAUCCUUGGAUCCUAAGUUGACCCAGCUUCUGGACCAGCCUGACGUGGGUGGUCCCGGUACAUCGGGGAAGUUCACACGCUUGAUGGAACAGCGGAAGGGCGGCCGGUGGCCCGGCAAGGCAGUGGGGAGGUUGGCAGAUAUCGUGCCAUCCUCAAAGAGAAGUAAUGUCGUGGCCAGGGAAGGGAAGGAGUGGCCAAAGCCUGAUGGUUUGGCGCCAUGGCAGGAUCGAAAAACCAGAUCAUUGGUGACGUCAAUCCCGGUGGCUGAGAAGUUGAGGGCUGUGUGCCGUGAGCGGGGCCUUACUGUAAAUACGGCCUUGCUUGCCAGCCUUGCCCUGGCCUUGCGAGGACAAAUGUCGCGAGCGGGAACUGUAGGCAUGCGGCCCAUUCUUGCAACUGAUGCAAGAUCUCACAUUCCAGAUGGACAAGACUUGUUCGGAUCCUAUUCCUUGGGUGCUCGAUAUCGAGCUGGCUGGGGAACUCUCGACGUUGCCGAAGAUACAGACUUCUGGAAUUUGGCCACCUGUGCAAAAAAGGCUGUGGAAGAUGCGGGUAAGAAACUGGAAAUCCACAACAUUGCAUGGUACAUGCGGUUUCUGACUGCAGCAAUGGGAAAGAAAGACGUAGCGUGGUUGCAAGGAGCUAUGGAUUUGGAUGGGCCGGAUCAGGGCAGAACCAAUGCCAUCCUAGUGAGCAACGCGGGUGUGGUGAGCGGCAUGGAAAGUGGUCAUUUCAAAGUCACCCAGUCAUACUUCGCUUCCCAUCAAGCAGCCUGGGGUCCAUUCGUUUGGCUCAACGUGAUGACGAUCGGUGCCCGUAUGUGCCUGACUCUUUGCUAUGUUGAUCCGCUUUUGGCAGAUGAAAAGGCCAAGUUGCUUCUCAAUGACGUCGAGUCUCGCUUGACCAGAGCAUGUGAUAGCUUGGAACGAGCACUCCCACACUCUGAGAUGAACAAGGAAGAUUCCAAAACGAGCUUAAGCACAGAUAGGCGCCAGGUAGCGAGUGUAUAAUUCCAUAAACUUCCUGACUUCCAAAAGCUUUGAGCUUGCCGGCUGAAUGUUUGUUGAUUUGUUG